AUGAAUGAGAUUUCAGUGCGCCGUUGUGUUUCAAAGCGUUAAGUCAGGUCUAAUUGAUUCAUGCUGCUCGAACGGAAGUUUGAACAAAUUUAAAAGUUGCGAAACCGAAUAUUUGAUACCUAUUCAACGUUGUUGGUGGAAAGUUGAGAGGGCAUAGUUCGAUUGUCAAGUGUUGAAACAAUCGAACAACAUGAGGAAAAUUUUACUAUUGUUUUGCAUAGCAUGGUUUUCAAAUGAAGGAUUAUCAUUAUCACUCGAUCCAGUUGCUUCCAACGAACUUGAAACGCAUAUAAAAAAUGAUUUCAUCAUUUCUCUCAGGCAUAUCAGGCCUCGAAGAAAGUUUCGUUUAUCGAUAGAGGCACUGUUUAUGAUCGAUUUCCCCACAGCAAAGAACAAGUUUUCAUUCUAUUUAGACCGCAAAGGCAAACGAGUAACUGUGGAUAUUAACUCAAAUGCCAAUACAUAUUCUAAGUACCUUGAAAUUCCUGGAAUGAAUGAGACAACUACUAUUCGAUCAUUGGCUAUCUUGUUUAGUCACAACUCGUUGGUACUCUUCAUAGACUGCAAAGAAGGAGCGAGAUUAGAUUUAGACAUCGAUAUAUCGAAACUGUACCUGAACCAGGAUGAUCCUAAUGUGAAACUAUUUAGGGAACGCAAAUACCCACUACAUUUGGAUUCAUCUGUUGAAAAUGCACUCUCUAGGACAAGUUGUCAGAAUUUGCUUAAACGAAAGCAUACCAAAAAAACCGGAUCUGCUGAAAAACUUCUUAAAAACAAGAAAUCGGUCUACGAACAAGUGGAAGACGGCGUAUCCUAUGAACGGAAUAAAAAACGAGAUGUGCGAAAUUGGUAUCGGGGAAAUGACAAAUAUCGAGAGGAACGCUUCGAUGUAAGAAAUACCAAUACAAGAGGAGACAUACCGAUCAUGCAUGGCGACUGUGAUGAAAAUCUUGCCAGGUCACUCAAUGAACUAAUUCAAAUGGUCCGGGAACUGCGUGAGGAGGUCAGAAGACAACGGGAAGAAAUUCAGCAGCUUAGAAGUUUGAUUGAGAACUGCGCGAGUUGCCAAAAAGCUCCAGAACCUAUGCGAGAAAGUUGCCAACACAACAAUCCAUGUUUCCCAGGUGUACAUUGCUACGAUACUCAAUCCGGUAUGAGGUGUGGACACUGUCCUCGAGGAUAUGUAGGAGAUGGCAUUACCUGCAAACCGGGAGUAACUUGUGCUGAAAGACCUUGUUUCUCCGGAGUCCAGUGUUACGAUACUACUGAAGGCGCACAAUGUGGACCCUGUCCAGAUCGUUUUGAAGGAGAUGGCAAAACCUGUCGAAUGAGAAACCCUUGUGACGAUCAUCUCUGUGCUGCAGGUGUACAAUGCACUAUGAUUGAACAUGCACCAUAUUACAAGUGUGGAGCGUGCCCUGUUGGAUUCAAAGGAAAUGGAACUGUGUGUCAUGAUAUCGAUGAGUGCGAUCUUAUUGAACCAUGCGAUGUGCGGGUACGCUGUACAAACUUAGUUCCAGGCUUCCGAUGUGAACCUUGCCCACCGGGUUUUACUGGAUUACACAGCGGUGGUUUACACGCGGCAACUUUUGAAUACGCUCUCCAAAGACAAAGAUGCAACGAUAUUGAUGAAUGCGCCGACGGAUCCGCGCGUUGUGGUCCAAACUCAGUAUGUAUUAAUACUGAAGGUGCAUUCGAAUGUCAGUGCAAUAGGGGUUACGUUCGUAACUCUACCUACGGUUGUUUCGCUGUAGAAGGAAUGUGUUUAGAUGGUACAGUUUGCGACAAAAAUGCCGUAUGCCGUCAUGCCGGUAGCAACACAUAUAAAUGUAAAUGUAAGGUUGGAUGGGCAGGUGAUGGAUUUCACUGUGGUCCAGAUAGAGAUUUAGACGGAUGGGCAGAUUUCGAUCUAGGAUGUGCUGACAGUAGAUGUCGGCAGGACAAUUGUGUGUAUGUUCCGAAUUCAGGCCAAGAAGAUGCCGAUAAGGAUGGUAUAGGAGAUGCCUGUGAUCAAGACGCCGACAACGAUGGUGUGAUGAAUAGUCCUGAUAAUUGUCCAUUAGUACAUAACCCGGAUCAACUGGAUACUGAUAAAGAUGGAGGAGAUAAGCAGGGUGAUGCUUGUGAUAACUGCCCAACCAUUGCAAAUAUCGAUCAACACGACGUAGAUGGAGAUGGAAUUGGUGAUGCAUGCGAUCCAGAUAUCGAUAAUGAUGGAAUUCUGAACGAACGGGAUAACUGUCCGAAAAAGGCAAACUCUAACCAGUUAGACAGCGAUGGUGAUGGAAUAGGUGAUGUCUGUGAUAACUGUCCUGCAGUUUCUAACGUUAACCAGAUGGACUCUGACAACGAUUUAAUAGGCGAUGCGUGUGACAGCGAUAUUGACAGAGAUCGAGACGGUGUACAAGACAGUAGGGAUAAUUGCCCAAAGUUGGCAAAUUCGGAUCAAUUAGAUACCGAUGGUGAUGGAAGGGGAGAUUUGUGCGAUCCAGAUGCUGACAAUGAUGGGAUCCUCAAUGCCGAAGAUAACUGCCCAAUUGUUUACAAUCCCGAUCAAAUGGAUGCUAAUAAUGAUGGCGUGGGUGAUAUCUGCGAGGAAGAUUUUGACUUGGACAAAAUACCAAACUAUUUAGACAACUGUCCGAACAACUCGAAAAUUUUUUCAACUGACUUCAGAACCUAUCAGACCGUUGUACUCGAUCCAGAAGGCGAUUCACAGAUCGAUCCCAACUGGGUGAUUUAUAAUAAAGGAGCCGAAAUAGUACAAACGCAGAACAGCGAUCCAGGAUUAGCAGUGGGUUAUGAUGCUUUUGGCGGUGUUGAUUUCGAGGGCACAUUUUUCAUUGAUACGGAAAUAGAUGAUGAUUACGUUGGAUUUAUAUUCAGUUAUCAAGACAAUCAUAAAUUUUACGCUGUUAUGUGGAAGAAAAAUAUACAAACCUAUUGGCAAGCGACACCUUUCCGUGCUUCUGCUGAACCUGGAAUCCAAUUGAAGCUGAUAGAUAGCAAUACAGGUCCCGGUCAAAUGUUAAGAAAUAGUUUGUGGCACACGGGUGAUACUAAGGAUCAAGUAAAACUAUUAUGGAAAGAUCCGCGGAAUGUUGGCUGGAAAGAACGCACAGCUUACCGUUGGUUACUGCUACAUCGUCCAAAAAUAGGUUUGAUUCGCCUAAGAGUGUUUGAUGGCGAAAAAAUGGUGGCUGACUCUGGUAACAUCUAUGAUUCAACGUUGAAAGGUGGCCGUCUAGGAGUGUUUUGUUUCUCUCAAGAAAUGAUCAUUUGGUCUGAUUUGGUGUAUAGGUGCAAUGAUAAUGUUCCUGAAGCGAUUUACAGAGAAUUGCCUCCACGUCUCCAGAAAGAAGUUCAGAUUGACUACAAAACGUGAUAGGAUAAUUGAUAGAUAAUGAAUAAGAAUUUGCAUAAUUCAAAUCAAUAAUUAAUCUUACGAUAAAAAAGAUAAGCUAGAGAGAAUAAUGAAUGUGCCGUUAAUAAAUGUUCAUACCUUUGAUUGAA